CAACCUCCGCGAAAAGGGGUGCGUUUUGAAGGUUGCAUGCGGCUAUAGACCGCUGUGAGCUGGAGCAGACGAGACUCGGUCAGCUGGCGAGCGGAGACUCCUUCCUCUUUCCCCCAGACGCGGCGGCACAUCACCCGGGCGUCCCUCUUCUCUGUCUUCCUCCUCUGCUCAACUCUCCCGCACCACAAGCCCGUGUCCUCUUGGCUCUAAAACACGCUGGAAAUGCCGCAUACCUGGAAAGAAUCACUCAAAAGUUUACAUUGACCGGGCAGGGGAGGAAAAUGCUCAUUGACAGCUGUGGGCUUUCUCCGUCAAGGUCAACAUUUGAGCACGGCCGCUUUACGCACGACUUUCUUGGCGAGUGGACAGAGGGGGGAGAGGCGCGUCGGGGAUGCCGCUUUGCCUUUGCUUGCCUCCGGGUUCAACAAUGACAUCUUUUACUGAGGAAGACAUUGAUAUGCAUUGAGACGCGGGGCUGAUAAGCGCCAGUGCUCCGUCAAAACACAGACGAGACUCACUUUUAUCAGCUGAGGAAAUAAACUCCAGUGGCGUUUCCUGCUUUCUGUCUCCCACGGCCUGUGUACGCACUGUUUACCUGAGCAACCUGGACAUAAGACGUUUGAGUCUGAGCUAGAUUAUCAUGGAAAUUUCUUGUUUUUAAAUAAAAUCAACUAGUUUAGCAUGCUCGACGAGUUCGCACGUCACCACAGUUACAACAGUCAAGUUUACAACAAAGUCGGCUGUAACUUCCACUUGCUAGAACUUUUCUGUUAACAUAUAUAUUUCCACGGUCCAGUAUGCGUACACGGACUCGUUCCUCCAGCCCUGCGGAGACGGGGUUGCUUUUGGCGCUAGUCCUGGUGCUCUUGGACGGUUUGGUGAUCCAUACUGCAGCCGGGGCCAGCGCAAGUCCCGCGGAUGCGACCAACCACCACUCCCCCACCAACGACUCCAGCCCGGGCCACCACAAGAAGCCUUUCCCAGUGCUAGAUCUGAACUACAAGCACGUCCAGACCCCCUUUGAAAUCUCAUUAUGGGUGCUGUUAGCGUCUUUAAUGAAAUUAGGCUUCCAUCUCAUCCCACGCUUGUCCAACAUCGUCCCAGAGAGCUGCCUCCUCAUCGUCGUGGGCCUGCUGGUGGGGGGCCUCAUCAGACUGGCCGGAGAAGAGGUCCCCCCGGUCAUGAACGCCGAUGUCUUCUUCCUCUGCCUGCUACCUCCCAUCAUCCUUGACGCUGGCUACUUCCUCCCCAUCCGGCCCUUCAUGGAAAAUCUGGGCACGAUCCUGAUGUUCGCCGUGGUGGGAACUUUGUGGAACGCCUUUUUCGUCGGGGGUCUGCUGUACGCCGUGUGUCAGAUAAACCCGGGUUAUCCGUCGGACCUUCACCAGUUGGAGCUGCUGCCGUGCUUGCUGUUUGGGUCCAUUAUUUCGGCGGUGGACCCCGUGGCUGUGCUGGCUGUUUUUGAGGAGAUUCACAUAAAUGAGCUGCUGCAUAUUCUGGUGUUUGGAGAGUCUCUGCUCAAUGAUGCUGUCACUGUGGUGCUGUACCAUCUGUUUGAGGAGUACGCCGGGGCUGGCACCGUCACUGUAUUGGAUGGCUUUCUGGGCAUCGUGUCCUUUUUGGUGGUGGCUCUGGGCGGAGUUUUGGUUGGCGCCAUCUACGGUCUGCUCGCUGCCUUCACCUCGCGCUUCACGUCACACAUGAGAGUCAUAGAGCCGCUGUUUGUGUUCGUGUACAGCUACAUGGCCUACUUGUCCGCUGAGAUGUUCCACCUUUCAGGCAUCAUGGCAUUGAUUGCGUGUGGAGCUGUCAUGAAACCGUACGUGGAGGCCAAUAUUUCUCACAAGUCUCACACGACUAUCAAGUAUUUCCUGAAGAUGUGGAGCAGCGUCAGCGAGACCCUCAUCUUCAUCUUCCUCGGCGUGGCUACAGUGGACGGAAAACACCACUCCUGGAAUUGGAUCUUCGUCACCGCCACCGUCUUCCUCUGUCUGGUUGCAAGGGUCAUGGGUGUGGUUGGCCUGACCUGCAUCAUCAACAAGUUCCGCAUGGUAAAACUAACAACCAAGGACCAGUUCAUUAUCGCGUACGGUGGCCUGCGAGGAGCAAUUGCCUUCUCACUGGGUUUCCUCCUCAGCGAUGUGCAUUUCCCCAAGAAAGACAUGUUCCUCACAGCCAUCAUCACCGUCAUUUUCUUCACUGUGUUUGUUCAGGGCAUGACCAUCAAACCUCUGGUGGAGCUGUUGGCAGUGAAAAAGAAACAAGAGGCCAAGCGCUCCUUUAAUGAGGAGAUCCACACACAGUUCUUGGACCACCUCCUGACUGGAAUUGAGGAUAUCUGUGGUCACUACGGACAUCACCACUGGAAGGACAAACUGAAUCGAUUCAACAAAAAGUACGUGAAGAGGUGUUUGAUUGCAGGGGACCGCUGUGAAGAGCCACAGCUUAUAGCCUUUUUUCACAAGAUGGAGAUGAAACAGGCCAUUGAGCUGGUGGAGAAAGGAGGAGCCAACAUGCCCGCUAUACCCUCUACGGUGUCCAUGCAGAACAUCCAGCCCAGGAAGCCUGUAUCUACAGACAGGAUGCUGCCACAGCUGCCUAAAGGAAAAGAGGAGGAGAUCAGAAGCAUUCUACGGAGCAACCUUCAGAGGACACGACAGAGGCUCCACUCGUACAACCGUCACACUCUGGUGGCUGAUCCAUAUGAGGAUGGCUUUAAUGACCUUAUUCUCAGGAAAAAGAGGGUGAUGGAGAAAAAGAUAAAGGAGAUGAACAACUAUCUGACAGUGCCCGCUCCUCCUCCCGAUUCUCCGACCAUGUGUAGAGCCAGACUGGCCUCAGACCCGCAGGCCUACAGCAUGAAGCCCACCGCAGACGACGUGCCCACCAUCCACGUGGACCUGGCCUCGCCUCAGUCUCCGGACUCUGUGAACCUCAUGGACGAGCUGAAGAAGAAGAAUGAGUCCAAACCAGACGAGGACCAGGGGCUCGUCAUGAGACCCCCAGCCCAAAACCGGUCAGAAGAUCCAGACCGCGAGCAGCAGAAACUCACGAGGUGUUUAAGUGACCCGGGUCCGAGUGCGGACGAAGAGGAGGAUGAGCCCUUCCUGCCAUAGAGCGCAUAUGGAGGAGUGGGGCAUUCAAUGUACUCAACUUGAUCUGGUAAUUUAAAGCCAAAAAUGUUGUACGAACUGGUAUGAAAUGAAAGAUACCACACUGCAAAAUGUAUUGUUGCAAUUUCUUGAAUUCAUGGAGUUGGAUUUAGUCGUUUUUUACUUGUUAGGCUUGAUUUUCAUGGACGCAGAUAAUUAUAUUUUAGUUUUAUUUGUUAGUUUAUUGACCACAUUUAAUACGCUAUUAUCCAAAUCUUCACACCCAUUCAUUAUUUGCCAGUGGGGUAGCAAAACUGCAUGUGUCCGUUAAAGUGCAUUAUGUAACUUUUCUCGUAGAGGGUCCGUCAAAUGCUCCAUGGAGAUGUUAUUGCUUUGUCUGGAAUGUUAAACAGAAUGGUAUUAAAUCUUUCUAUCUUCAUGGAGACCAAACCAGACCAAGUUAUAGGUCAGAUCUGUGGAGAAGCAGCCCCGUUCACUGUCAGAAUGCCUGUUUCUCCAUAGAAACAAGCAGGUGACGGAUCCUCCACCAAAAAAGUUACACAAUGCACCUUUAAGCAGAUUUGUUGAUUGAUACAUCUUAUAUCUCACAACUUUGAACAAAAUUAACAUGAAUAUUGAAUAUUUGAAUAUCUUGGAUCUACUCAGAAAUGCCAGGAAGUAUAACAAAAAUUUCAUGAGCAAAAAAUUUUACCUAAUCACAUCUCUAAAUUCAAGUAAUUUUAACUAGAUGUAAGAUUUUUGCAGUGUGUUUUGGUAGACAGGAUGGAGAGGGCCUGUCAGAUUGAAAUUCAGGAAAGAACUAUGCAUUACCAAAGGUUUGGACUGUUUUACUCUCAUCAGUGACUUUUAUUUUCCCCUCGACGGGCUCUUAAAUCUCUACAUUAUAUGAACUGCUGUAAAUGCAAUGUCCACCUUUAAAAACGCACAUUGAGUUUGGCCCCAUUUUUAACACUGGAUAUCCAAACAUACAGUGCAGUGUAGCUACUAGUUGGACUAUUUUGCCUUAUUUUAAGUAUAAUUUUCACUUGGUGCAAUCUGCUUAUUCUAAUGAAGACAUAUUUAAUUUCAAGGAUGUUUGUUAAAGGUGCAUUGUGUAACUUUUCUGGCGGAGUGUCCGCUAUCUGUUUCCAUGGAGAUGUUAUUGUGUUGUAUGGAAUGUUUCACAGUUCUGCCAUCAUGGAGACCAAACUAGACCAAGUUACAGGUCAGAUCUGUGGAGAGGCAACCGUGCUCACAGUCAGAAUACCUGUUUUUCUGAUGUAAGAUUUAAGGUAGAUCUGUUUUAUGCCAUAUUGUGGAACAUUCCAGGCAGAGCAAUGGCAUAUCCAUAGCAACAAGAAGGUGACGGAUGCCACCCGAAAAGUUACACAGUGCACCUUUAACAGAUUCCAGGCAUUCUGUCCCAUGCCAGUGUUGAGGGGAACUCCAGGGAUGUAUUUAUUGGGGUAAGAACCACACUUUCAGUAGUUGUGCUUUCAAAAUAGUGGCCUUGUGGCAAAAAAAAUAGCUUUGUGGGCACCUUUAAUUUAAUUUCAAGGGUAAUUGUUGUUGGAGAUGCUCUUGAGAUGUGCUUAGGGAGCUAAUUAAAACACAGUGAUGCAGCACAGAUGUGCAGAUGUCAGUUAGCUGUUCGAUUCUCUGCGCUAAUCAUCUAUGAGAAUAUCUGUUUUUGAUUUUUCUAUGAGCCUUAAGAGUUUUAAGUGCCCCUUAAGUAGUUUUUUUUUUACUUUUACUUCUUGUACUGAUUUUAUUUUAUUAUCUCCAAAUAUUUUUAUAAGUGCUUUAGAUUUUAUUCUUUUAUCAUUCAGGGUUAUUUUACUGGAGAUUAUAAUUAUUAUAUAAAGCAUUUGUGUCUUACAUCACUGUUUUAUACGUGACUAAGUGCUGGCGUAUAGUUGGCAAAAAAUGUAAAAAUCUAUGCAGUAAGGAAAAUGUAAAUUAUAUAUAUUACGCUAUAUAUUUAUUAAAACCCUUUAAAAUCUAACUUGUAAUUAAAAAUAACACGUUUGCACAUCAUUACAUGAACUAAAACCUCCAUAGGCCUAUUUCGUUGUGUGUGUCUUGCUAAUAUGCAUGUCUCUGCAAAGCUGCUCUGUAAAUGUUAUACUGCAUUGACUUGGCAAUCACUGUGUCAGUCAUGUGUUACCAACUUGUAAAACUCACACCAACCAUUAUCAUACUUCUACUAUCUGCAAAUCAAGACAUUUAAUACUGCAAAUUUUGAUACUUUGCACUGGCAUCACGCUGGGGGUGUAGGCUUUUUCAUGCGUGCCUAUGGCAGAAUUUUCAACAGUUAUCAUGGUGUCACAAUGCAUGUUGUCAUGGUGUCACAAACACAGCUAAACUAGUUUUAAGAUCUAAGUUCCAAAAUACAAAAUUAAGUUAAACAGCACAUUUUCACCUGUUGGUUGUAGGUUAAUCUGGGCUUUGUUUUAACACAAUCUGACCAUAAAGUCUAACUUGAGUUACAACCAGAGGUGGGGACUUGCAAGUCGUGACUU